AUGGCGGCAACAGCAGCUUCAAGCUUGCAAAUUGCUACAAGAAGGCCAAUCAUUUCUUCCCCUUGCAGUGUUCUUAAAGCAGGAAACUACAUUGUCGGUGUCAAUCCUGGAAACGGAAACGCCUCAUGGGAUAAACUUACCUGCACUCGCCAUUUAUCAAACCUUGGAUGUUUCAGAAACCACACUUCUCUUCCAACCUCUAAAAAACCCUUUUCCUUUUCCACAAAGGCCAUGUCUGAAUCCACUGACAACAAGGCUUCUUCUGGCCUUCCAAUUGAUUUGAGAGGGAAAAGGGCUUUCAUUGCUGGUAUAGCUGAUGAUAAUGGAUAUGGUUGGGCCAUAGCGAAAUCUCUUGCUGCUGCUGGAGCUGAGAUAUUGGUUGGGACAUGGGUUCCUGCACUUAAUAUAUUUGAGACGAGUCUGAGACGUGGAAAAUUCGACCAGUCACGUGUGUUGCCGGAUGGGUCAUUGAUGGAGAUUAAGAAGGUUUAUCCUUUAGAUGCUGUUUUUGACAAUCCUGAAGAUGUGCCUGAAGAUGUGAAAGCAAAUAAGCGAUAUGCAGGAUCAGCAAACUGGACAGUACAGGAAGCUGCUGAAUGUGUGAAAAAAGAUUUUGGAAGCAUCGACAUUCUUGUCCACUCCCUUGCAAAUGGGCCAGAGGUUAGCAAACCUCUUCUGGAGACAUCGAGGAAAGGCUAUCUCGCUGCUAUCUCUGCUUCGAGUUAUUCCUUUGUUUCCCUACUCAGGCAUUUUCUGCCAAUUAUGAACCCAGGAGGUGCUUCUAUAUCUCUUACCUACAUUGCAUCUGAAAGGAUCAUUCCUGGGUAUGGUGGAGGUAUGAGCUCUGCAAAAGCCGCUCUAGAAAGUGAUACACGGGUGCUUGCAUUUGAAGCUGGAAGGAAACAAAACAUUAGGGUGAACACCAUCUCUGCGGGUCCUUUGGGAAGCCGAGCGGCAAAAGCAAUUGGGUUCAUAGACACCAUGAUUGAGUAUUCGUACAAUAAUGCGCCUAUUCAGAAAACGUUGACCGCAGAUGAAGUUGGGAACGCAGCAGCCUUUUUGGCAUCUCCACUGGCCUCUGCCAUAACCGGUGCAACCAUCUAUGUGGACAAUGGCUUGAAUUCAAUGGGUGUUGCACUAGACAGCCCUGUGUUCAAGGACCUCAACAGCCCGAAAGCUGAUAAGUAG